AUGGACUAAUAAAUUGCACUUUAUCUGAAAAUGAUUUCCUAUUAUGAACAAAAAUUAUAAACGAUCAAAUAAACCCUCUAUUCCAAUAAUAUGGAUAAUAUAUUUAGAUCUUUUGAGUUAUUAUCGAACAAUGAAGAUACUAUCACUAAGAAUUCUUUGUUAAACUUUUUUGUUCAGAAUCUACAUCCUAUCAAUUAUAAAGAUAUUAUUGAAUUCAUAUGGUUUAUAGGCGAUAAAGAUAGAUUUACGAUCAGUAAACAAUAAUUUAAUGUAAUUGUUAAUUUUUAAAAAGAUUAGAAUUACUUAACAAAACUUUUACUUCAUAAAUCAAACACUAUCAUUGAUCACACCAACAAUGAUCUUUAAGUCUAGCUUUUAAAAUUACUCAUUCAAUAAAUAAGGGUGAUUAAACAAAUUAAAGACAAUAAAUUAUAAAUAAUUAACAAUGAUGACUUCAAUAUUUAUAAAGUACUUAUUAUAGAUUUAUUUCAAAGAUCUUUUAAAAUCUUAGUGAUCAAAAUGAUAUAAUAACUUGCUCUACUCUAUUAAAUUAUAUGAAAAAUAAAAAAGUCUAAUUUAACAACUUUGAUUAUGAUUUACUCACUUUUGCCCUAUUUGGAAAGAAAUGCAACAUUAAUUUCGAUCACUUUAAAGAUUGUUCACUCUUUUCCAACAAUAUUUCAAAUAAACAAUAUAUAAAAUCAAGAGAAAUUCCAGAAGAAAAAUAGAUGACUCAUUCUUAUAUUAUCAACCUAAGUAAAUCUAUUAUUCAACAAUAAUAAUUGAUGCCGAUUAGUGAAGCUAGUAGUAUUGUUGAAUUCAAGGCUUCUGAAAUUAAACCUAAAACUAAAAGAUAUUAAGAAUAAACUAAUGUACCUAGACCCUAUUGA